ACUUCUUAAUUCAACCGAAACGUUGCCAGUACUUUUGGACUCGCUCAGCUUACGGUCCCCUCAGCAACCACUCACUACUCAUUAUGCAAUCAUUGUCAUAGCCCGACUCGAUACCGUUAUCAGGUCUCGAUUCUGUGGUUAUUUCAAAUGUUGAUGUUCUAUGUGAGUUCUGAAAUCAUGGAAUCCAAUUCAUAUAGCCUAAACGCUCCACGGACCACCAAACUCAAAUGGAACGGUAACCAAAUAGCCUAUGACGCGUGCCACCCCUGGACACUGCCAGGAACUCAAAUAUUCUGACUUCUUCAAAGUUCACAAGGUCUCUAUUUAGAUAGUGACCCCCCCCCCCCGUCGGAAGCCCGACCACGGUCUAUGGGAACGCUCCUAUCGUUAUCAUCGACUCUCUUACUCUUUAUAAAAAGUCCAGACAAGCGAGACAUAGCCAAUCCAAACAUCAUGCCUCGUAGAGUACUCAUUGGAUUCGGUGUAGAUGUGGACGCUGUAGCAGGCUGGCUAGGCUCUUAUGGUGGCGAAGAUUCACCGUUGGACAUUUCGAGGGGGCUCUAUGCUGGCGAAGUAGGAGUUCCGCGUUUGCUGAAGCUAUUCAAGAAGUAUGGUAUAAAGACCACAUGGUUCAUUCCAGGACAUAGCCUGGAAACGUUUCCAGCGCAAAUGACGGCUGUCCGAGACGCUGGUCACGAAAUAGGCUUGCACGGUUACUCACAUGAAAAUCCUACGUCUCUUUCUCUGGAGCAACAAAAGGAUAUCCUGGACCAUACGUAUAACCUUCUUACAGCUUUCAAUAACGGCAAACCGCCCAAAGGUAGUGUAGCUCCCUGGUGGGAAACCAGCAAGGAAGGGACGGAUCUCUUACUCGAGAAAGGUAUUGAAUAUGAUCAUUCCAACAUGGCUCACGAUUCGCAAGCAUACUACUUACGAGAUGAGGACCUCUGGACCAAAAUCGACUAUGCAAAGAAAGCGGAGACGUGGAUGGCGCCUUUGGUGCGUGGAAAGGAAACAGGUAUCGUAGAAAUUCCAGGGAACUGGUAUUUGGAUGACCUGCCUCCUAUGAUGUUUAUCAAGUCCAGUCCAAACUCACAUGGAUGGGUCAGUCCGCGCGAUGUGGAACAACUCUGGAAGGACAUGUUUACGUACCUCUACAGAGAAGAGGAGAAUUUCAUAUUCCCAAUCACGAUACAUCCCGACGUGAGCGGGAGGCCUCAUGUCCUCCUCAUGCUGGAGCGAUUCAUUGAGUGGGUCAACGCUCACGAAGACGUACACUGGGUACCGAUGAUAGAUAUGGCAAACGAGUUCAGAGCAAAGUGUAGCCCUCCUGCUGGAGCUAAGAUGCCUGCUGGAUUCCAGACCACCUAGGCGUGUCGUAAUCCGGAGUUCUGUGUUGAUAUCAUCAUCAUCUAGGUCUCUAAUGGAUUGUCGAAUGCGAAGUGUUUCUUGCCACAGGUCUGUCUUAAGCAGCUUGCAGCGCUUAGGCGCACGAACAUAGGAACGUCGUUCUGUUGCUUUACGUGCGACAUUCGAAACCACCUUUAUCGGACAAACCGGAUAUGCUAGAACUGAUCUGUAUCUCUUUAGAGCGCAGGUUGAACUCACGCUUGAACUACUUAAAUGACAACGCACAUCGCCGUCGGCAAGGGGUCAUCGCCUUCUGUUGAGCGUCGUCCUAUCUCCCGAGCGAGCGUCGACAACGACUGGGCCUCGCACUCCCGGCGCGUAUUGGGUACAACGUAAUAAGGGCAUCUGCUGGUGACUCUGACAUCGUAUGUGAUGUUAUCAAUCAUGUUGCUGCGUCUGGCUUCCUUCUGAAAAUGAUAGCUGAGAGUAUCGUUCAUUAUUGAUGCAGAUAAUACUGACCUCCAGGCUCCAGCUUCCAGUGUACUCAAUACAAGACUUUAAAUUAU